AUGCGUUUCUCCGUUGCCUCUGUCGCUUUCUUCGCCGGUGCCGCCGUUGCCAUGCAGGGCUAUGAGCAAGGUGGCUACGAAGCCCAGGGAUACGAGUCCACCGUCUACUCUACCCAGGAAGUCACCAUCACCUCUUGCGGACCUGAGGUCACCAACUGCCCUGCCUCCAGCCACCCAGCUACCGUUGCUCCCGUCCCAACCACCACUCCUGCCGGCGAGCCAGUCCCAGUCCCAACCUCUUACUCUACCGAGUUCGUCACCGUGACCGACUGCCCACCAGAGGUCACCAACUGCCCGGCCUCCUCCACCCGCGUUGAGACCAGCGUCGUCCCAGCUCCCACCGAGACCGUCGUCCCUACCGAGCAGCCAACCGGCCCCAUGGGCACCGGCAACCUUCCAGUCCCAGUCCCAUCUGGCACCGGUGUUGUCCCAGUCCCCAGCGGAUCCAGCCCAAGCGGUGUUCCAACCGUCAUUCCACCAUACCCAACCAACGUCCCAAGCCAGCCCCAGCCAAGCACCUCCAUCAUGACCUACACCACCUGCAUCCCAACUGUCAUGACCUCCGUCAUCACCCUGCAGCCAACCCCCACCGCUGUCCCAACCGGUGGUGUUCCCGGAACCGGUGUCCCAACCGGCACUGGUGUCAUGCCAACUGGAACUGGUGUCUACCCAACCACUGCUCUCCCAACCUUCACUGGUGCCGCCAGCACCUUCUCCGGCUCUUACGCCGUUGCCGGUCUCGCCGCCGUCGCUGCCAUCAUCCUGGCAUAA